ACCAGAAGCCUGAUAUAUCGCCAUCAAAUAUAUUACUAGUGAAGGGCGUGCAUAACCACUAGUAUCCAUGGCGGAUAAGGAACUGCACAUUGUUGUGUUUCCAUGGCUAGCCUUUGGACACAAUGUUCCAUUUUUGGAGCUUGCAAAGCUCAUAGCUCAAAAGGGUCACAAAAUUUCUUUCAUUUCCACACCUAAAAACAUCCAUUGCCUCCCUAAACUACCUGAAAAUCUGAAACCUUGGUUGCAUCUGAUAGAAUUCCCACUCCCCCGCGUUGAAGAACUCCCUGAAAAUGCAGAGAACACGCUGGACACUCCUCCGCACUUGGUUCCAUACCUCUUCAAGGCUUACGAUGGUCUUGAAGAACCUUUGACUAAAUUUCUGGAGAAGAGCAGCCCGGAUUGGGUCAUUUGCGACUUUGCACCACACUGGUUGCCCCCACUGUCUUCCAAGCUAGGUAUCCCAUGCAUAUUUUUUUCUAGUUUUUCUGCAUCUGCUUCGUCUUUUGGUUUGGAGUGGUUUACGGGAAAGAAGAGUGUGGGAUUUGCUGAAGCCAAUCGUUUUCGUGAUGUGUAUACGAGGAAGCAAGUGGGUCAGAGUUCUCAGCCUAAGGAAGUGAAUCGGUUCUUUGAAACCCUGAAAGGUGCUCAAGUUUUCGCUACAAGAAGCUGCAUGGAGAUUGAAGGUGAAUUUGUCAAAUCGCUUGAAAGUUCAUCUGGGAAGUUGGUAAUUCCAAUUGGGUUGCUGCCAGCUUCGCCAGAAGACAGCAAUGACCACAACUGGUACACCAUGCUUAAUUGGUUAGAUAAAUGGGAAAAGGGGUCAGUGAUCUAUGUUUCAUUUGGAACUGAAGUCACGCUGAGUGAUAAAGACUUCACUGAAAUUGCUGUGGGAUUAGAAUUGUCUGGUUUUCCUUUUUUUUGGGCUGUGAAGAAUCGAAACAUCUCAGGUGGUAAUGUUGAGUCACAGGAUUGGAUUGAGAAUGAGUCAAAAAGGGGAAUGAUGUGGAGAACAUGGGCACCUCAGUCCAGGAUUUUAGCACACAAAUCUGUUGGAGCAUUCCUCACUCACUGUGGUUGGAACUCAGUGAUAGAGGGUCUCCAAGUUGGGUGCCCACUUGUAAUGUUGCCCUUCCAAUAUGAUCAAUGGUCGAUUGCUAAGUUUAUGGAGGAGAAGAAGGUAGGGGUUAAAGUACACAGAAAUGAGCAUGAUUCCAGCUUCACUAGGGAUUCAUUGGCCAAGGCACUGACAUCAGUGAUGUCGGAAGAGGAAGGGAAAUAUCUUAGAAAAGCAGCACAAGAGAUGAGUAAAAUAGUUGGGGACAAACAACUGCAACUAAAAUAUGUUAAUGAGUUUGUUGAUUACAUGAAAAACAAUAGGCCUGCCUAUAAUUAGUAUAAUGGCAAGUUGUAUUAAAGAAAGACCUUGAUUUCUCUUAGAAUUAGCCAAUCUAGUAGCAACUCAGUCCAACCUAGAAGUGAACCAAGAAGGCUACCUAUCUCUACAAUGCUUUUCUUAUAUUAGUUGUCUUCAUUUUUUCUUAAAUUGGUCAGAUUUCACUUCAAGAAUAUGAUGGAUUACCUGCCAAGAAAAAAUGUCUGCAAAAUGAGGAACGUUAAGAUGAAGCAAUAAAAAUUAAUUUGAAUUUUGUGUU